AGUUAAGAUAUCAAUAAUUUCAAUUAAGAUUCAAUUAUAAAUAAAGAAUUUUUUUUAUACUUUUAUUGAAUACUAAAUGUAAUAUAUGAUGUAUGUAUACAUGUACUGCGAUUGAAAUAUGUAGAUGUCAGACGAUGUGAGUCGCGCUGCGCAGCGUGAAUGCAAUGUGUUACCUGUGUACGAUAAAACUAACUUUUCAAUAAUUCAAGUUUUAAACAUUAUUAAAUAACACAUUCACAAUCAUGAAGACCCGAUUUAAUUCUUACGAUAUCGUUUGCACGAUAACUGAAUUGCAAAAGCUAAUUGGUAUGCGUGUAAAUCAAAUUUAUGACAUUGAUCAUCGAACAUAUCUCAUACGUCUUCAAAGAAGCGAAGAAAAAUCUGUUCUUUUACUAGAAUCUGGUAAUAGAAUUCAUACGACGGUAUUUGAAUGGCCAAAAAAUGUAGCACCAUCAGGAUUUUCUAUGAAAAUGCGUAAACAUCUUAAAAAUAAGCGGCUUGAAAGCCUUACUCAAGUAGGAGUAGAUCGAAUAAUAGAUUUGCAGUUUGGAAGUGGCGAGGCAGCAUAUCACGUAAUUUUAGAACUGUAUGAUCGUGGUAAUAUAGUUUUGACAGAUCAUGAAAUGACUAUACUAAAUAUUUUAAGACCUCACACAGAGGGAGAUAAAAUCAGGUUUGCUGUUAAGCAGAAAUAUCCUAUGGAUCGAGCUCAUCAAAAUACAAUGCCUCCCAUAGAAGAAAUUCAAAAUCAUCUUCAGAAUGCUAAAGCAGGAGAAAGUCUUAAAAAAAUAUUAAAUCCACUUCUAGAAUUUGGUUCAGCGGUGAUUGAUCAUGUUUUAUUGAAACAUGGAUUUUCACUUGGGUGCAAAAUUGGCAAAGAUUUUAACAUUGUAGAACAUAUGCCAAAUUUAAUUUCGGCAUUACAAUGUGCAGAUGAAAUGAUGGAAACUGCUAAGAAAAAUGUGUCUAAAGGAUAUAUUAUACAAAAAAAAGAAGUAAAACCAGUGGUAGAUGGUACAGAAGAGUUCAUAUAUACCAAUAUAGAAUUUCAUCCUUACUUGUUUGAACAAUAUAAAGAUUAUCCAUUCAAAGAAUUUGAUUCUUUUGAUGCUAGUGUGGAUGAAUACUUUUCUACAAUGGAAGGUCAAAAAUUAGAUAUGAAAGUCUUGCAACAGGAACGUGAAGCUCUUAAGAAAUUGGACAAUGUAAAGAAAGAUCAUGACCAGAGAUUAAUUACAUUAGAGAAAACUCAAGAAUUAGAUAAACAGAAAGCAGAAUUAAUUUCUAGAAACCAAAUGUUAGUGGAUAAUGCAAUAUUAGCUAUACAAAGUGCCCUUGCAAAUCAAAUGGCUUGGCCUGAUAUAAAAAUUCUUUUGAAAGAAGCAGAGAGCAGAGGAGAUCCUGUUGCAUCUGCAAUUAAGCAACUGAAAUUGGAUACGAAUCAUAUUUCUCUAUUGUUACAUGACCCUUAUGAAGAAAGUGAUGAAGAAUCAGAGUUGAAACCUAUGUUGAUUGAUAUUGAUUUAGCCCACACAGCUUUUGGAAAUGCUAGAAAAUAUUAUAAUCAAAAGAGAUCAGCAGCUAAAAAACAACAAAAAACAAUAGAAUCACAAGAUAAAGCUUUGAAAUCAGCAGAAAAGAAAACAAAACAAACGUUAAAAGAAGUACAAGCUAUUCACAGUAUCAAUAAAUUAAGAAAGAUAUAUUGGUUUGAAAAAUUUUAUUGGUUUAUUAGCUCUGAAAAUUAUCUUGUAAUUGGUGGAAGAGAUCAGCAACAGAACGAAUUAAUUGUAAAAAGAUAUUUGAAGUCUGGAGAUAUAUAUGUCCAUGCUGAUUUAACUGGUGCUAGUUCUGUAGUAAUUAAAAAUCCAGGUGGUGGGCCUGUGCCUCCAAAAACUUUAGCUGAAGCAGGCACGAUGGCUGUCGCUUACAGUAUUGCAUGGGAUGCUAAAGUAGUAGCAGGAGCAUGGUGGGUAAAUAACGAUCAAGUGUCCAAAACGGCUCCAACUGGUGAAUACCUAACUACUGGGUCAUUUAUGAUCCGUGGAAAAAAGAAUUAUUUGUCACCAUGUCAAUUAGUUAUGGGAUUAGGAUUUUUGUUCCGAUUAGAGGAAAGUUCGAUUGAAAGGCACAAGGAUGAAAGAAGAAUUAGAGUUAUAGACGAUGAAAGUGAAGCUACUGAAUCGAUAGUCGAAGACGAUCGAGAAAUCGAACUAAUAGGAGAUUCCGAUGAAGAUGAACAGCCCGAAAAGAAAGUUAAUCUAAAUCCUAUUCAGGAAGAAUCUAAAACAGAAUUGAUUAUGGAAGAGAAUGACGUUAAUCAGGCUUCUAGCGAUGAAGAUGAUAACGUAUCUCAAUUUCCUAAUACACAAAUUAAAAUUGAUGUUUCUGGCUCAAAAGUAAAAUUACACAUUGACAAUAAUCAAACGUCAACCGUAAUGCAAAAAGAUUUAGAGAGUGUGGUUUACUUAGGAGAUGAUAAACCUGUGAUAAUAAAUACUACAGCUAAGGAAAAAAGUUCUAAACAAAAACCUUCGAAAAAAGAGAAUAAAGAAGAAAAGACUGAAACAGAAACUAAAAAAGAUGGUCAAGUAGUAUUAAAACGGGGACAAAAGGGAAGAUUAAAAAAGAUGAAAGAGAAGUACAAAGAUCAAGAUGAAGAAGAUAGAAGAUUAUUUAUGCAGGUUCUACAAUCAGCAGGUGCUGCUAAAGAAGAUAAGAAAAAAAAUAGAAAUAAAGAUCCAUCUGGACCAAAGCAACAAACGAAGAAAAAGGGUACAGGAAAACCAGCUCAACCACAGAAUACUCAAAUUGUAGAUAAUAUUGAAGAAGAAGAUACAGGCCCAGGUCCUGAAGUAGAUAUGUUGGAUCAGUUAACAGGAAAACCUGUUGCAGAAGAUGAAUUGUUAUUUGCAGUACCAGUAGUAGCACCUUAUAAUACAUUAUUGAAUUAUAAAUUCAAAGUAAAGCUAACACCAGGAACAGGUAAAAGAGGGAAAGCAGCGAAAACGGCAGUGGCAGUAUUUAUGAAAGAUAAAGAAAUUACUUCAAGAGAGAAAGACUUGCUAAAAGCUGUGAAAGAUGAACUAGUAGCUAGAAAUAUUCCUGGAAAAGUUAAGAUAAGUGCUCCACAAAUACAAAAACUAAAGAAAUAAAUAGCUGAAGUGCAACUUCCAAGCAUUGUUAUAAAAACGUAUUUAUAUGUAUAUAGUCAUUUACUUAUACACAAGUUAUAUAUGAAUACAAAUCUUUAUAAUAAUAGUUUAACAAUUUGAA